AUGGCCUCAACGUCAACCUUUGGCAGCACCCUGCGCCGCCUCCUCCCGACCUCGAACCCAUUCGUCCCCUCCGCCCUCCGACCUCAGACACACAGCAUGACCAGCGGCAGCAGCAGGACACGUUCCUUCCACAGCACGCCGCAGGCGCCGGCGCGGCAGGUCAAGAAGCAGUCGACGUCGAUCGGCAGUCACGCGGCUUCCAUCAACCGCAAGCUGGGCAACAGCGGCGACCGGUUUCGCAAGGCCCAGCCCGUGGCCGCGGACCCCAAGCUGAUGCUGUUCCGCAAGGUGGUGGGCGUGGUGCGCAAGACGCCGCCGCCGCUCAUCAUGGGCCGCAACCGUCACCUGCGCCACUGGACCAUUCACCGCGCCUGGCAGCUGCACCUGCACAAGCAGCGCGACGAUAAGCAGAAGAUGCUCAUGCGCCAGUGGCACUCUAUGCGGAACGCCUGCGAGGAGCUCCGCCAGACCAGCGGGCCGGGCACCAGGGACGAGGGUUACCUCUACCGCGUCGCCAUGGAGAAGAAGGGUGUCUACGGCCACGAUGGCUUCCCCAUCGAGUACGCCAGGCCCCAGGUCGAGACGCCGGCGAGGCAGGCUUGGAACCACGAUUGGAGGCGGGAUUGA